AAUGCACAGCUGUUUGAAAUGAAAAUGACAACUGGGGCUCGUUACUUCUUUUACUUGACAUUUCUUUAUUUAUUGUUUUAUAAAUUCUUCUACUUCGUACGAACAUUGCUUGUGUAUGUGGCUAAAAUAAAACUUUUUGAGUAAACAAUAAAACUGCGAAAUAAAAAGAAAAAUAAAUUAAAUAAUAUCCACGAAAGAAGUUAAACUGUUUAAAAAUACAUUUCAUCUACAACAGUAAAUGAAAAUGAAGCCACCCGUGUUAACGUCGACAGCACUUGGGGACAAGUUUAAAUCAAUAUUUGUUUGCUUAAUAUUAACAGUAUUUAUUACUCAUUUAGCAGAAGCAAGAAAACAUCAUCUAGAAGUUAGAAAUGACAUACGACCAUACAUUGCACUUAGCACAUUUGGAUUUUAUACCGGGGGCUACUUAGACGUGAAAUUGAGUAAAUUAAAUAUUGACAAUGAAAAUCCAAACGAAAAGUUUGGCCUUUCACUCGACAAAACAACAAUAGACCAAAUGAACCCCUAUCUAGACUCACAUCAAAAUAAGUGUAUUUUGGAGGAACAAUCCAAUAUGCAAACCAAUGGUCCUAUUUUAUUCUUUUUACUUGAUCUUAAAAAUUUGCAUGUGAAGGUGCAGUGUUCUCCGGAAUGGCAAAAUAUGCAUAUUUAUAAAGAUCGUUCUACUUAUAUGAUGUUUAGGGGCAAGCGGCAAUCAUUAGCAAAAGUUAGUGAUUCUUCAUUAUUUUCUAAAAAGCGAAAUACUCGCGAUAUAGAUAAUUUGGAAGAAUCUGAAGAAUAUGAACCUGACAAUGUUAUGCCAAUAGAAGCAAAAAUGGAAAACCUUAAAACAUCAUCACCUGUUGCACCAGUAUUAUCACCGAGUUCUAUCAAACCAGCUAAUACUGUUAUGAAUAAAUCUUCAGCUAUAUUGCCUUCUAAACACGAAAAUGAUUUUUCAAAUGCAGUGUUACCUGUUGAAGAUUCUGCACAAGCGUCAAGUAUGCAGUCUUCCAAGGAAAAUAUGCAAGCUCAACUAUGUAAGGAUUUUAUAUUACCCCUAACGAAAACAGUAAUAAAUGGACAAAACUACUACAAUAUGUCGUUUUCAAUGCUGGUGACAUCCAUUCUUGAGGAAGGACUUUAUAAUUUAUAUUUUCAUUCUUGUCCAAAUUACAGUCAACAAAAAAUAAUAUCCUUUAAUGUUGACAUUGAGGAAAACAACAAUGGAAAUUUUCUCUCAGCGGGUGAAAUGCCUCUACCGGCUCUUUAUUUCAUGAUGAGUUUAUUAUUUUUCCUAUCUGGACUAUUUUGGGUAUUCAUACUUAAAAAAAGCAAGCACAGUGUCUACAAAAUUCACUACAUAAUGGCUGUGUUGGUAUUUCUGAAAUCUUUAUCUCUUCUAUUCCAUUCCAUAAAUUAUCAUUUUAUCAAUACACGUGGAGAACACAUAGAAGCCUGGGCUAUUCUCUAUUACAUAGCACAUUUGCUCAAAGGUGCAGUAUUAUUUAUAACAAUUGUACUUAUCGGCACUGGAUGGACAUUUAUAAAACACAUUCUAUCAGAUAAAGACAAAAAGAUUUUUAUGAUUGUCAUACCGUUGCAAGUUCUCGCAAACGUUGCUGAAAUUAUAAUAGAUGAAUCAGAAGAAAGUGAUAUUGAAUUUCGAAUGUGGAGAAACAUUUUCAUUUUUGUUGAUUUACUUUGUUGCGGUGCCAUACUCUUUCCCAUUGUUUGGUCUAUUCGGCAUCUACACGAAGCCUCUGCAACAGAUGGCAAAGCGGCUAUAAACCUACGAAAACUUAAACUUUUCCGACAAUUUUAUAUAAUGAUCGUUUGUUAUAUAUAUUUUACACGUAUUAUUGUUUAUCUACUUAAAAUGACUGUGGCCUUCCAAUACGCUUGGUUAGAUGAAAUGUUUCAUGAAAUGGCCACAUAUGUAUUCUUUGUGUUGACGGGUUAUAAAUUCCGUCCAGCUUCAUCGCAUCCUUACUUUGCUGUGGGGGAUGAAGAUCCUGAUGAUGAUGUAGUCGAGGUACUAACUGAAUCUGGACUAACACAGGGUCUACACCGUACAAAAGCUCAAAACCGUAGUGAAAAACCAUCAACGAUUGUUAUUGAGGGCAAUGACGAGGAGCGGGAGAACUUAAUAACCAAACGCGAAUCAAGUCAUGAAUAUGAUUAAAUUAUUCUUUUUAAAAACAUAGGACUUACAUUUUCGUAUAUAUUUGUUAUUAUUAAAUCUGAGCAAUAUAUCGGUUUAUCAAAUAUUAAGCUGUAGUUGACGUAUGAUAAACUUUAGUGUUGCUUAAAUUAUAUUUUUAAGUUUAAUUAUUGCAACUUGCAGUUGUUGUUGGGAGAGACUGAUGAGGUAUAUUUUGCAUAUUUUAUUAAACUAAACUUAGACUUCUAAUAAUGUAAAUUUAUUUAAAUAUGUUCUUGUUUUCGAUAAGUAAUUAUAUAUUAGUUCCAAUAGUGCCAAUAAAUUCAUAGAUUUUUUUAUUUUGUAACUUUGUGCAUUAAAUGUUGUAUACUUCAA